AGCUUUAUUCAUUCAUUUGCAGCAAUGGGAACCACAGGAGCUCUUCUCAUCUACAACCCACGCCUAUUCAACAACUCCCUCAAUUGCUUCAAUUGCUUCAACUCUAAAUCUAUCUUCAAUUUCAAGAAAAGGCAACAACACUUCAAGAGAUUUAUUAGCACUACUGUUUGCUCCGCUUUCGAAGAUGCCACCGAAAUCACUCUUAAUGGCGUUGGCCCUCUCAUUGAGGAUAGACUUGAUUCUGGUGAUGAAGCAACAGAAAAUCCGUUUCUGAACAACGGGCUAGAUUAUGAAGGAGGGAAUUCUAUUUACAGUUUUCUUUAUCCGAGUAAGGAGCUACUCCCCGAUGAUAAAGAAAUGAGUAUUUAUGACCAUUUGGAGGAACUGAGAGAUAGAAUUUUUGUUUCGGUUUUGGGUGUUGGAGGUGCCAUUGUUGGUUGUUUUGCUUUCUCCAAGCAACUCAUUAUGCUCCUUGAAGCUCCCGUUGCAAACCAAGGCGUUCGUUUUUUACAACUAGCCCCUGGCGAAUUUUUCUUCACAUCUCUCAAGGUAUCUGGAUAUUGUGGACUUCUGUUAGGAAGCCCGAUAAUCCUAUACGAGAUCAUAGCUUUUACUCUCCCAGGUCUGACCAAGUCAGAGAGAAGUUUUCUUGGGCCAAUUGUACUAGGAUCUUCGGUCCUUUUCUACACAGGCAUCGUAUUUUCUUACUAUGUUCUUGCACCAGCAGCCUUGACUUUUUUUAUUACUUACGCUGAAGGUGUCGUCGAGUCGCUUUGGUCUAUCGACCAGUACUUCGAGUUCGUCCUUGUCCUCAUGUUCAGCACUGGCUUGUCUUUCCAGGUUCCAGUGAUACAACUGCUUCUAGGACAAGUUGGUUUAGUUUCGUCAGAGCAAAUGCUGUCAGUGUGGAAAUAUGUAGUUGUAGGUUCAGUUGUUGCAGCAGCUGUACUAACACCAUCGACCGAUCCUCUUACACAAAUGCUACUAGCGGGCCCACUUAUGGCUCUUUAUUUGGGUGGGGCCUCCAUGGUCAAGCUCCUUGGACGAUGAUCUUGAUUUUACUUUCCGUUGCGUACGUUAAGACCAUUGUUCGUGCGGCUACGAAUAUGAGAGUAGGUUGCAUUAUUGUAUAAAAUAUAGGUUUGGUUCACAAGUCCAUAUUGUGCUUUCAAAGAAUUCUUUUUGUUGUAUACCUCCACUUGAAGAAGAUAUAUUAUAAACUCGUGUCAACUUCUCUUUCAAUACAUAUCCAAGUUUCAACUUA